AAUGUUUUGUUGUGUCUGGCAGACGGAGCGCGUGUAAGCCAUUCAAGGCAAACACGUUCCUUCACUUUGUUGGUUCUCUCUCUCUGUGCCUCCUGAAUAAGGCAGGGGGAAGGGGAAGCUACCGUUAUAUUCCUCUCACAUUGUUAACCAUCUGCAAAACAAACAUAGAGUUAGUAAUCUCUUUACUACAACGAUAAGAGUAUCUCAAUGGGUCAGCAACUGCGUCGAGCCGUUGGGAGAGUCAAAGAAGUUGAAAAGUUUCCAUCAAGGUUCGAUCGGAGAUCUCUUCCAAAAGAAGAACUCAGCGCCGGGAAAUCUCCGUCUAUUAAUGAUGUUUCUGCUCGAGGAGGCAGCAGUGAGGAUAGUGAAAGAGACCCACAAUACGAUACAAUGUUGAACCAAAUGGUUGGGAGAAUAAAGGCUAAACCUGGUGGCAAAGCCGAGAUGGGAGAGGCAUCGGUAGUGGAAACGUCGAAAAGACCACUCCCAAAGCUCCGGAACACUACUCCUGAAUCAACAAGGUACGAGGAAAAACCGGUGUCGCAAGGAACACUGAACGUGGCUCAAGUGAGACACAUCAUGCUCCUCUAUCAGGGCAAGGCUCAGGAUCACAACGGUCCGAUGACUCUGAACGAAAUUGCCAAAAACUACAGGAUUGACGUCUCCCAGGUCCAGAAAAUCACCCAGUUCCUGUCUUUGCCACCAGAGACUACUGAUAAGCAGAAGAAACGAUAUGAAUAAAAAGUAAAGACUCUUAUGUGCGUCUAUGUAACACAGAACCAGAGAUGACA